AUGAAUAAUUUCAAUAUAUUAUCAGAAAAUAAUAGUAAUGUGGAAAAGUAUGAGCAUAAUAAUAAUUUAAAUUUUGAUGAUGAUGGUGAUGAUGAUUUUUAUUUUAUAAAGCCUAGUGAAUUCAUCCAAAACCGAAGAAAAACAUUAGAAGAUUUUAUUAAGAAUAAAAAUGAUAGUAUAAUAAAAAAAAAUAAUAUAAAGGACAAUAUUACAUGCUCCUACUUUGAAGUUAUACCGAAUAUUGUUUCCUUUACAUCUUAUUCCCCUUUCAACAAAUAUGAAAGCAUAGUAUCGUUAAAAAACAUUGAUGGGAAUGCGAAAAGUAUACGGUUUGAAUUGGAAAAUAAUGACGCCUUUAAAGUAUUUUAUGUUUCAGACAUAAAAAAAAAGGUUGCACCUGGUAUGCUAUUUACCUUUAAGAUAGUGUUUUAUCCUAAAUCAUGUGAUAAUUAUAGUUAUAACCUCAGAAUAUAUUCAGAGAAUAAACUAUUGAUAUUACCCAUAAGGUGUGUGAAUGAUGAAAUUAUUUUGGAUGUGCAAGAUGAAAUAAUAAUAAAUGAUACACCAAUAUACAUGAAAGGAGAAAAGAUAAUAACAAUAAAAAAUAUAGGAAAGUAUGAUAAUAAAUUUGAAGCUACAGUAAAGCCCCCUUUUUAUGUCAAUUCGUGUAUACACGAGCUUAAGAGUGGAGAAAUAGAAGACAUUAAGAUUGUAUUCCUUCCAGUUGAAAAUAAAAUUUAUGAAGACUACAUGAUAUUUAGCUACGAAAAUGGAGUAAGGACAUAUACAAAAAUCCAGGGCAAAGGAAUUAUAGCUAAUGUCGCCAUAAAUAAUAAAGAAAUUAUCUCUGAUGAUAUUUACAUAAAUGAGACAAAGGAAAUCAACAUUUUUAUCAAAAAUCUUUCUUUCUUUUUGCUAAAUUGGAAAAUAAUAAAUUAUAGGGUCUAUGAAUAUAGAUAUAGCACCUUAUCUGAGGAUAUAACCCAAGUUAACUUUGAAGAAAAAGAUAUAAUUAUAGAUAAGACCUUUAUUAGUGAUAAGGAUUUGAUAGAUGAAAAUAUUAUAGAAAAAGGGCUUUAUAUAAAAGAAGAAAAUGAAGAAUACGACAAUUAUAAUAGUGAUUAUAGUAGCAACACGAGCAAAUAUAAAGAUGAGUAUAAUAACAUGGAAAUUGAAAGAAUGUCAAGUAGUGACGGAAAUGUGGAUACUAUUGCAUCGUGUGAAAAUGAAGAAAAUGGAGAAACGGACGAAACAAAAUAUAAGAGUGACGAAAAUAGCGAAUUUUGUUUUAAAAAAGAUAUGCCUUGUUAUUAUGAACAAUCUGAUAAUAGUUUAUGUUCAUAUAACAAUAAAAGAAAGUUAAAAGAGUUUUUAAAUAUUUAUCCUAAAUAUGGAAAGCUAUAUAAUGAUACAAAUACAACAAUAAAUAUAUCAUUUUCUCCGUAUUUUGCAUCAUUUUAUAAAAUAGACAUUUAUUUAUAUAUAAAAGGGUAUAAAAAAAGAGAGAAAAUAAGCGUAUAUUUAAAAAGUGUAACACCUAAUAUUAUUAUUCCAAAUAACAUACAAAACGUUAAUAAAAUUCUUAUAAACACAUAUAAAGAAAUAUUUUUUGAAUUAAUUAAUGACAGUGAAUAUAGUGCUCCUAUAAAAAUUGAAAAAGAAGAUGAUUAUUAUAAUGAAUUUCUAAUUCAGUUAAAUGAAUUUGACAUACCUAAGAAGUCUAAGUAUUUAUUAAAAAUUAUAUAUAUGCCAAAAAUAAGUGGUUCUAAUAAAAAAAAAUUUAUAAUUCACAAAAAAUACACAAAUGUUAAAAAUGAUCUAUAUAUAUCAAGCGAAUGCAUACUUCCAGAUAUAUCAUUUGACGAAGAAAUAAUAAAUUUUAAUACAAUAUCACACAGUUUUGAGUAUACAAAGACAUUUAAUAUUAUUAACAAUUCAGAAUUAUCAUUACAUUAUUCAUUAAAUAUACCAGAAGAAUUUAAAAAUGAAAUAAAAAUUAUAGAUGCAGAUAGUAUUUUAAAAAGUUUUGAGAAGAAACAGAUUUUAAUAAAAUUUUGUCCAAAACAUAUAAAAACAUAUAAUUGUAAUAUCAAAUUAUUUUUAUAUGAAAUUCAAAAAUAUAAAAAAGUUAUUUCAUUUUAUGCAAUUUGUGAAAAGGCAAAAAUUAUAUGUGAACCAUCUCUUAUAAACAUUGAAUCCAUGAUUAUAGAUAAAAAUUAUAAAGAAGAAGUUAAAAUUAUUAAUAAAUCAGAAAAUGUAGAUGCUAUGUAUGAAUUGUUCAUUGAUGAUAAAAUAAAUGAAAUUUGUAAUAUAGAUGUUUCACCAAAAAAAGGAAUCAUAGAAAGAAAUAAAUUUAAAUUGAUUGAUAUAAAUAUAGAAAGCAAAAUUAUAGGAUAUAUACUUAUAGUUAUUAAAAUAAAAAUAUCUGGUUAUGAUGACUUUUUAUUUUUAAAUAUAAAAGCUCUUAGCACUUGUCCUACUAUAAAAAUUAUUCCUAAUAUAAUUGAUUUUAAAAAAUGUGCUUGUCUAGAUAUAAAAGAAAAAACGAUUGAAAUAAAAAAUGAAAGCCCUAUUAGAACAUUUAUUAAUUUGUCAAAUGAAUCAUCUAUUUUCAGUUAUUCAGAAAAUAAUUUUUUUAUUGAAUCUAAUGAAUCAUUUUUUGUUAAUGUGUAUGCAAAAUGUUUAGAAACAUUACAAUAUAAUGAUGUAUUAAAUGUGAAUGUCCACAGAAAGGAAAACAUUAUGAUACCUCUGAAAGCCCAAGGUAUAGGGUCGCCGAUACUAAUAAGUGAAAAAUGCAUAAUUUUCGACGAAGUUCACACAAAUAAAAAGAAUUACCGUGAACUCAUUAUAUUUAAUAAAGGAAUGAAUGAAAGAAGUAUAUGUCUUGCUUUUGAAUCAGAAAAAAACAGAGCAAAAAAAUCUGAAAAUACUGAAAUAUUUGACAUUUCUCCCAGAAAUUUAACAAUAAAAGGAUGUAGUGAAAUUGUAUGUAUUAUAAGCGGAUAUAAUAAUAGAGAAGAAAAAUGUGAAGACACUUUAUAUAUAUACGAGGAUUUUGUAAAUAAAAAAAAAUCAUCAAAUAAUUUAAAAAAAAUAAAAAUAUUAGCUAAGUUUGUCGAUCCAGUGGUAGAAAUUAGUGAAAUUGAAAAAUUUGUCUUUGACUUUGAUGAACAAAAAAAAUUUGAAAAGAGAAAAACUAGUACAGUAAAAGAGGAAAAUGAAUGCAAAUCCAAAAUAUUAGACGAUUUGGAUGAGAUGGAUAAAUGUGAAAAUGAUGAGAACGAGAUGAAAAACAAUAAUGGAAAAAUUGUAUAUAUGAAAGAUUUAAACAAAUUGAUGCAAGAAGUUGAAAUAAAAAAUCAGCAGAAUGCGAUUGUAAAGUUUGUAUUAUCUACAAAAGUGCCAUUUUAUGUAGAAUCUGAUGUUAUUGAACUGAAAAGUAAAGAGAAGAAAAAAAUCCCCAUAUAUUUUGAUAUUGAUAUUAUGAAUACUAAAAUAAAUAAUGUUUAUGAAGAACAUUUGAUAGUUAAUUUUUUUGAAAAUGGAAAAAGACAAAAAUAUGAAUUAUUCGGUGAAACAAUAUAUCCUAAUAUAAUUAUGAAUAAAAAUUUUAUAGAUUUUCAAUAUAUUUUAAAAAAUUUAUUUGCACAAGAAACAGUAGAAAUAAAAAAUGUGUGUAAUUUUAAAGUCUAUUUUAAAUGGUUUUUUGAAGAGAACAAUCUUUAUGAGGGGUUUAGUAACGCUUUUAUGGUAAAUCCAAGCAGAGGAUAUUUAUUACCAUUCGAAAAAAAACUAAUAACAAUAACAUAUAAUAGUAUAAAUGACAAUUAUUACAAUGUUAAUAUGUUAUGUAGUGUUAAAAAUGGUCCAGUGUAUAGUUUGAAACUGAUAGCAGGAUAUUCUGAUAUUAAAUAUACUAUAAAUAAGAAAGAAUUGAAUUUCAAUUCCCAUUACAAGGCCAUAACUGAAGAUAUUAUAACAAUACAUAAUACUGGGAAAAUAAAAUUAUAUGUAGAAAUAAUAUAUAGUAUAAAAUUCCCUUCCUUGCUAUAUACGAAUGUAAACAAUUUUUUUAUUGAGCCCCAUAAUAGUAAAGAUAUUAUUUUUUAUUUUACAGCUGGUAUUCCAUCAAAUAUAACUGAAAACAUAUUAAUAAAAAUUUGUAACUUUGAAGAAAUUAAUAUAAAGUUAAAUUCACAUAUUUUCUAUAGUAUAUUAGAUUUAAAUGUUCAUGACAAAUUUGAUGGAAUAUCAAAUAAAACAGAAUAUGGUAAAAUAUGUAGCGAAAAUUUAUUAGAAGACAAUAAGGAAUACGAAGUAACUUAUGAUGAUAAUAAAAAGGAUGAUUAUUUAAAAAAAAUAAAAAAAUUAAUGAAUAAUAAUUCGGUUUUAUUUGAGGGUCCAAUUUGUUAUUAUGAGAAGCAGAAAAAGUUGCUAAUUAACAAGCUAAAAAAAUUGUAUCUUAAUAUUUUUUUGUCCCAUAAAAAACAUAUCCAAGAAAUUCUAGACAUAUAUUAUUCCCGCAUCAAUGAGAAUGAAGAAAUUCAAAAUGCAAACAUAGGAAAUAUGGAACCAAACUAUAUAGAAGAAGAUAAUUCGAAUCUUCAUGGAGAGAAAGAAACUCAUAGAAUAAAACAUGACUCCCAGAAUGAUAAAACGGGUUCAAAAAAUAUUCAAACAAAUGAUAAAGUUAAUAAUUCUGAUGAAAAUCAAUUAAGUUUGUCUAACGUUUCAAAAAAUCGAUAUGAAAUUAUAACCAUUUUAAAAAAAUAUUGUUCAAAAAAUACUGUUGAUAGCAUAUUUUUGGACUUGUUAAAAUCGUUUAUUUGUUCCCAAAAAAAUGAUAAUUAUAUUCUUGAUACUUUUUCAAAGAUGAAAGAAUUAGUAAAUUACGAAAAGCUAUAUUGUCACAGUUAUCUAAACAAUGAAAGUAUUUUAAAAUAUUUAAAACGAAUUAUUCUUGAAAGUAAUGUAGAAUUAAAGGAAUAUUAUUUAGAUGUAGGUAAAUUAAUAAUUAACGAAGAGAAGGAAUGUGUUAUUAAUAUAAAAAAUAUAAGCAAUGAUAAAAUAGAUUUAAAUUACAAUUUGAAAGAAUGCGAACAUAAUGAUAUAAUAUUAGUAAAUUAUCCUAGUGAAAUUAAUAAAAAUGAUUCUGCUCAUUUUAAAAUUAAAAUUAAAAAGAAUUCCUUAGAAGAAAAAAGUUUUAUUGAAAAAGUGUAUAUAUAUUUAAAUGACAACAAUUAUUAUACUGUUAAUGUAAAAUUUGAUUAUGUAGUUCCUGACAUAUUGUUGUAUUAUAAUCAAAUAAGGUUUGAAGAAAUUGAAGUAAAAAGAUGUGUAUGUAAAAUAAACAGAUUAAUAAAUACAAAAAAUGUUAAUAUAAAAUUUAAAAUAAAAAAUAUAACAUUUUAUAAUAAAAAGUUAGAAUAUUGUCAUUUAAAAAAAAAGACACAAAUAUUUAUAUCACCGACUAAAGGAAUAAUUAAAAAUAAUUCGUUUUUAGAUCUUAGAAUAUUCUUUGAACCGUCAAAGGUGUAUAAAAAUGCAAAAGUAUGUGUUGAAAUUUUUAUUUAUCAUUCAAAUAUUGUAAAAACGUUAGACAUAUAUUUAAAUAGUAUAAAUGAUAAUAUUGUAGUAAAUCCCCAUGAAAUAACAAUUAAACCACUUUUAUUUAAUAGUGGAUAUAUUUAUGAAAAUAUAAAAAUAAAAAACUUGAAUAACUAUUCUAAAAAUUUACACAUAUAUAAGCUCGAUAACUAUUAUAAAUACUUAGAAAGUUUUAUAUAUGACAUUUUAGUUAUCCACAAUCAUAUAUAUAUAGAAAAAAAUGACGACAAGGAAUUGUUUUACACAAAUUUGAUAUACUAUUUAAUAGAGAUAUAUAGGGAAAAAAUUGAUAAAAUAAAAAAAAGUAGUAAGAUCGAAAUAAAUGGGAUAACAGAAGAUCCUCGAAAUUGUGGAAUUGAAGAAGAUAAAAAUGAAAAGUUAAAAAUCAGCAAUAAAAAAGAAGUUGUAUAUGAUACUGAGAAAAAUGAGGAAAAACAAAAAAGAGUAUCCCAAAAUGAGUUAACCAUAGAUAACCAAAAUGUUGGAGAAUUGGAGAAAAUUAAAAAAGAUAAAAAGACAAAGGAAAAAAGCUCUAAAAAGGCGAAUAAAAAAAAAACAGAAAAGAAGGGACGUCUUAACGAAACAAAAGAUAUAGAUAUUUUAGUAAAUUUAUUUUCUGGAAAAAAAUACGGCUUAAAUGAAUUAAUUAUAGAUACAGAAGAUGAAGAAAAGAGUGUUAAAAUAUUAGAAAAUAAAAUUAUGAUAUUAGAAAAAAUAAUUAUAAAAAAUCAAAUUAAAUAUAAUUAUUUUGAAGAGUAUUUAAAAAUAAUAAAAAGCAAAAAGAAAAAAGUAAUAAUAAAGAAUAAUUAUUUAGUUAUUUGUCCUAAAUAUAUUAAUCACACAAAAUUUGGAAAACAUUUACUUAACAUGGAUAAUUUGAAUUAUUCUAAAAUGAAAAAUGAAAAAGGUGAAAAAAACAAAUAUGAUAAUAAAAUUUUGACAAUUAAUAAAAUAAUUAAAUGGUGUAAUGAAAUAUAUGAGAAAUAUAAUUAUCCUACAGACGUAAAAAAUUGCUUUAUUAAAUAUGUGAUUUAUGAACAAAAUUGCAAUAAUCCCGUUAUAAAAAAUCGUAUAAAAGUACUUGACCAAUUUGUUAAUGAUAAUCGAAAAAUUAAAGGAGAGAGGAAAAGUUCUAUUUUGAAGGAAAAUAAUAUAAUAAAAUAUUAUAUUAGUGAAGAGUUAAAUGUUUUAGAAAAAACUAAUGAUGAAGAAAAUGGUGCAAAUAAAACAAUAAAUAGUUGUAUUACCAAAAUAAAUGACAUUGGAAAUGUAGAUAAUAUAGAAAAUGAAAAAAUAAAUCCAGAUUUCGAAAAUGCAAAGAUAAAUGAUAAGAAAACAAAUAAAAAGUUAAUAAAUAUUGGUAAAAAUACCUUAAAAAGGAAAUUAAACAUAAGUGCUGUAAAAUCAAAAAUAGAUAAUAAGCAUACAUCUUUAAUCAGCAAUAAGGGAAAAAAUAAUAACAACAAAUAUAUGAAUAUUACGAAAGAACAAAAUGAACCGAUGAAUAAUAAUGGAGAAAAAACGUUUUUCAAUAAGUAUAAUUUAAAAUACAAAUUAGAAUAUUUGAAUUACUUUUAUCAAUUUUCACUUUUACAUGACGAAAUGUUUAUUAACGAUUUAAAAUCAUUUUUAAAAAUAACUGGUUCUGAUUUGAAAAAACAAAAAAAAAAUGAAAAUAAUACUAAAAAAAAGAGUAUCUCACUAGAUUUAUUUGAAAACAUUUUAAAAAAAAUGUUACUUUCUCCAUUUUAUAUUGACGAUGUUGUCUUUUUUUUUAAAAAAAAUAAUUAUAUAAAUUUAGACAUGUUUUUUAAAGUAUUUUUAAAAACAUUUGAUGGAAAUAUUCACAUAAUUUAUUUGAACCCAUUAGAGAGUUAUGAAGUUUUUUUUUCUAAUAUGCCAAAUUAUAAGGAAAUAGAAAAAAAUGAAAAUAAUUUAAAAAGUACUACAGAAUUGAAAAAAAGGGAAGAUGAAACAAAUCAUAAAGAAAAAGAGAAAAAGAAAGAAAAUAAUGAAAUUGGUGAUAAAAUAAAUAAUCUAAACGAUGAAGGAAAAAUAAAAUUUUUUUAUGAAAAUUUAUUAAAAAAGUACCAAAUAAAAAUUGAGCAAAAAUUAAAAGAAAAAGAAACAUUAGAAAAAAUAAUAAAAAUAUUAUAUAUAGAUGUAAAUAUUAGCGGUGAAACAAGUAUUCUAUCAAAUCUUAAUAGUAAUGAGAAAAAAAAAAUACGUAAUUCGAAGGUACAAAAAAAUAUAUUAUUAAAGGAUCAUAGUGAAAAAUUAUAUCAUACAGAAGUAGAAAAAGACAGAUUAUCACCAACUGCGGAACUAAGUUCAUACAAAUUACAAAAAUGUUUUAAAAAAAAUGAACAAAAAAACUUUGAAGAAAAUGAUGAAAUAACUUAUAAUACAUAUGUAGAUGAUGCUGAAUGUUUAGAAGUGGAAAACAUUCAGUGUCUUAUUGUUGAAAAGUUAUAUAAAUCCCUAUUAAUUUGUCAAAAAGAAAAAAAAGAUAAAAUGCCUAAACAAAUACUGAAUUAUUUAGCUGUACUAUGUGUUAAACGAAAUGAGGACAUUGACAAUCAAAUUAUUAAAUACAAUAAAAAGGUUAGUAAAAUUAAUAAUUAUAUAAAAAACGGACGUUACAUGGAUUGUUUAUCAUUUUAUAAAGAAUUAAAAAUUAUACUUUUGAAUUUAAUAAAAGAAUAUUCAAAAAAAGAUAAUAACCUUUUACCAGAUUCAUCUGGAAAUGGUGAAGAGGAUAACUUCAUGGAGUUAACAAAUAAAGAUAAUAAUGACAACAGUAUUGAUAAAGAAAUAAAUAAAAAAGAAGGAAAAAACAAGUUUCUAAAACAAGUCAAGAUAAAAAUUAGUGAGAAUUUUAUCGAAGAAUUAUGUAAAGAUGAAAUAAAUUUGAAAACUUCAGAUAAAAUUUCAUCUAAUACUAGUCUACUAUGUAAUGAAAUAAAAGUGAAUGAAAAAAAUAUGAACGAAAAGAUAAUUGAUGAACAAAUGGUAAAAGUUAAAGAUCCAUUAGAUAUUAAUUUCAAUAAGAUGUAUAAAAAUGAUAACCAAAAUAAUGGGGGAAAAGAGGAAAAUACCAGGACUAUAAUUAAUACAAAUAACGAACUAAUAAAGUGUAUGCGUCAGAAGUUUGUUCAAAUGAAUUUCACAUUUUUUUUUAUAAAUGACGAAAUAAAUUUUAGAAAAAAAAGUAUUCUUAAAGAGAUUUCCAAUUUUAUUCAAUAUAAUGAUGUAAAAACAUCUGCAUAUUUUUUUGAUAUCAGUGAACCUCAAAUUUAUGAUACUUUUAAUCUACGAAACUUUAUUCAAUCCAAAAAAAAAUUAGAAAAAUACGAAAUGGAGCUUUAUAUUGAUAAAGACGGGGAAGAAAAAUUAAAUGAAAAGAAAAAGAAAAAUUUUAAAGAAGAUCAAGGGUAUAUUUCCCGAUCAGUGCUGAACGAAGUAAAAUAUGAUAUUAAAGGAAAAAGUAAAAAAGAAGCAACCACAGGAAAAGUAGAUUAUAAUAAUGUUGAAAAAGGUGAAUCUAUAAACAAAGGUGAAAAAAUAAAACAUAAUGAAGAGAAUGAACAAAAAAACAAAAUAAAUAGCGUAAAAAGUGUUGGUACUGAAAAAAACAUGAUAAAUAAAAAGAGCAAAAUCGAAAUAAAAUGUGCAGAAAAAAAAAACAAUAAAAUAAUAAUACAAAAUUCUAAUGAAGAUGGUUUUAUAGAAGAAAGCUAUGAUGAAACAUUAGAGAAAAAUAAAUAUGAAAUAAAAGAUGAAUAUGAUUAUAUUUUUUAUAAUUUGAGUAAUCUCCAUAAUUCAAUUGAAUUAAUUGAUAAUAUAAAAAAUGAUAAAGGACAAAGUGUAAUUGAAUUUUUACAGAUAGACACAUCUUAUGAUCAAAAGGAUGAAAUAAGGUAUAAAAAUAUUACUAAUAUAAUGUUAGAAAAAAAUAACUGUACAGAAAUGUAUGUAAAAAUUAAUACAUGUAAAAUAGUAAACAUAAAGAAGAAAAUAUGCUUAAUAGAUAUAUUGGGAAAUUAUAUCUUUUUAAAUAUUCAUAUUAUAAUUGAUAAACCAAAAAUAUAUUCUAAUCCAUAUUUUAUAUUUGGUAACAAUGUUUCUAUAAAUAAUAUGAAAAAUAACUGCUUUAUAAUAUCUAAAAAGUUGUACAAUUUUGACAAAGUUUUAAUCGGAAAAAAAUUGUCAGCAUUUAAUGACAUCAUUGAUUUGGAGCUACGUGAUGAAAAUAAAGAAUAUUUGAACGAAUUUUUAAGAAAAUUCGAAGGUAUACAUUUAUCUAAAUUUAAUUUAAGAAAGAAUAAAAAGGAAAACGUUACUAUUUCUUCAAUAAACAAUAAUGAAAAAAGGUUUGAUCAAUUGAAGAAUCAUUCUAGUAAUAUAGAUAUUUAUAAGCAUUUGUUUAAGCAUUUCCAGGUUAUGAACUUAUUUAAUUCUUCUCAUUUUGAUUGUUUUGUUGAAUUAUCUUUUGAAAAUAUGAAAUGUGCAGGUGAAAAUGAUAAGAACGAAAUUAACUACAUAAAUAUCAAUUGUAGUGAUAGUAAUAACAUUGAAAAUUUUCUUGUACACAAUGAUUUUUAUGUAUAUCCAAGGCGAUUUUCCAUUCCAUCAAAGAAAUACAAAAAAGUUAUAAUACUAUUUUUGCCAAAGACCUAUUGCUGUUUUGAGGAAAAAUUGUUAUUAUCUAUAUAUUCUUUAAGUGGUAAAAUAAAUAGAAAUAAUGUAAAAGAAAAAGAAAUAAUUUUAAAAAAUGAUAAAAGUGAUAUGCUGAAGGAUAAGACAAAACAUGGUUCUUUGUUAAGUACUAAUGAUAAUGAGAUUAAAAAUUAUAUAAGCAUGUAUAACAAACAAAAUGAUAAUUAUCUGUAUGAUGUAUUUUCUUUGGUUUUAAAAGGAGAAGGAAUAAAAUGCAACUUGAAAAUUGAGCAAAACUAUUUAAAUUUCCAUAAAAUACUUUUGAAAUCUAUUCAAAAAAAAACAACAUACAUAAAAAAUAAUAGCUAUUGUGAUAUAUCGUGGUUUAUAGAUCCAAAUGAUUUAAAAGGUGAUGAUUUAUUUCUACAUAUUAAUCCCAUGAAAGGAAAAUUAUCACCAAAUGAAAAAGCAAUUCUAACAGCAACAAUUAAUACGAGCAGUGCUAAUGUUAUAAAAAAAGAUAUUAAAAUUAAUUAUGUUGAAAAAGAAAAAAAAAUAGAUAAAAAGCGAAAAAAAAAUAAUAAUAUGGUAUAUUCUCUUCCUUUAAAAAUUGAAGCAGAAAUUUGUAAAUCUUUUAGUCAAAUAAGUUAUGAAAUUGUUGAGAAUAAAAAAGACAACCAAGCGGAUAUCCUAGGAGAGUCUCAAAAAUGUAGUGACGAUGAGUAUGGUCCGCGUAUGAUUGAAAGAUAUAAAAAGGCAAGUAUUUCUAAUAAUAUAAGUUUUUUAAAAAGUAAGCAUUCUCAAUUAAAUAACAAGGAAACAGAAGAUGUAAUAAAGGCAAGUGAUAUCAACUUGAAAUAUGUUAAGGUAAAUGAAGCAAAGACCUGCUUAUUUAAAAUAAAAAAUACAGGUAAAGUUAAGAUUUCCUUUUUUGUGGAAAUAAACGAAAAUAAUUUCCUAAAUUUUGCAUAUAUUGAUAAAAUAAGUGAUACCAUAAAUUCGAAUGAAACAAAAAUUAUAAAGUUAAAAUUAAAAUCAUCUAAAAAAAUUAAAUUUGAAAAUGUUCCACUAGUUAUUCAUAUAUAUGACAUAGAAAAUAAUUAUCUACAUCAAUCUUAUAAAUAUUUGAUUAGUGUAAACUUUGAUUAUAAUUAUUUUAGAAUAAUUCCAUCUGUGAUUAAUUAUGAUGUUGUGGAAAUUAAAAAAGAAGAAAAAAAAAUUUUUAAAAUAAUUAAUGAUGGGUAUUUUGAUUUUAAAUAUGAUAUAAAAUUAAUAAAAUUUAAAAUAAAAAAUAAAGAAAAUGAUAAAAUAGUAAAACAAAAUUAUUUUGAAGAACAAAAGAAAGAAAAUAGACAAAAUAAAGUCGACGUAAGUCCCUUUACUAUUUCUCCUAUAAGUGGCAUAGUCAAAUCAAAAGAAGAGCAAACUGUAACUGUACUUUUUAAUUCUUCUGAAGAAAAUUAUUAUAAAUAUAUAUAUUUUGUUGAGGUUGAUAAUGUUUUGCUUGAUGUGAAAAAAACGGUAAAAAAUGUUAAUCACCAAAAACAUAAUGGGAAGCAAGAUAAAUAUAACGGAAUAAUACAAAUAUUGGCAUCAUCUGUUAAACCAAGUAUAUCGUGUGAUAUUAAAAACAUUUUUGAAGAAGUAUUAGUUUUAAAAAACAUAGAAAAUUGCAAUCAUUUUUUAGGACAAUUUUUAAGUAAAAAUAGUUACUACAAUAUUGAUGAAAAUACUUUGUAUUAUAAAUAUUCUUACGUCAACGAGCCCAUUAAUGAAAGAAUAAAAAUAUCAAAUAUAUCAAAUGUAAAUGCUUAUACUAAGAUUGAACUAAAGGAAAUCGAUCGUUCAAAUGAUGGUACUAAUGAUAGUAACAAUAAAGGAAAUGAUGGAAAAAAAGAUAUACAGAAAAAUCAAAUGGAAAAGAGAAAAAAUUCAUCAUCUGGGAAUGGUAAACAACCUAUUCAACAUUACCUAAGAAUAGAAGACAGCAAUAUUGUAAAAUCAAAAUGGAAAUUUACACAAUUUAUAGAAAGUAGUCAUAAUAAUAGCAAUGUUCUAGAUUUAUCUACUAUUGAGCAAAAUAAAAUAUCCACUUUCCAAACUAACACAGUUUUAACUCGUUAUCAACACAAAUACGUAGAUAUAUGUUUUUAUUCAAAUCAAAUAGCAUGCAAAAAAUAUAUAGUAAAUAUAUACCUUGUCAAUUCUGAAAAUAGUUUAUGUUUUAGUUUUUAUAUUAAUGUAGAAUUUUUUUUACCCUCUAUUAAUUUGAUAAUGCCAAUCAGCUUAUUGAAACAACAACGUGAUGAUAAAAUUAUUGACUUAGGAAAUAUUCACAUAAAUAGUAUAAUUUCGUUUAAAAUAAAGUUGAAGAAUUCUUAUAAAUAUCCAGCGUUUGUUAAAGUUUUUUUUACAAGUCUAAACACUUCAUUAGAAUGUAUAGAUAAUAAGGGAAAAUCGAAAAAUGGGUCAAAGAUAAAAAAGGGAAAAGAAAUAUUAUAUAAUAAACAAGAGAACAGUUUAGAAUCUAAUAAAUGCAUGAUUCGUGAUGAAGGAAAUAAUGAUGAUAAUAGGGAACAAAAUCAAACAGAACAAUUGAAAGAUGGAAAUAAUUUUAAUCAAAUUGAUGACAAUGUAAAAAUUAACAGCGAAAAUAGUGAUAUAAGAAUAGAAAAUAAAAAAAAAGUUGAAACAAAUGAUAAAAAAUUGACAAAAGAAAGAUCUAAAGAAUCAAAUUUAGAAUAUAGAGAAACGAUUUACAAUGAUAUGUGUAUACCUAACAAAAAAGACAUAUAUAAUAUCUCAAAUAAUUAUUGUCUUUUUAAUAAUAUUACGGAUAAUAUAUUAGUAAUGAACAAAAAUAAUGUUACUAAUUUUGAUUAUAAUAAUGUGAAAACUGAUAUAAUAUAUAAAAAUAAAAAAAUAAAAAAACAAAUGGUUAAUAUAGGAUAUCUCUAUUACAUAGGAAAUCGUAACUAUGUAUUAAAGGAAAAUGAUGUGGCAUAUUUUAAAAUUAAAAUUGAUAAAAAAAAAAUUAAAAAUGAAAUAGAAAAUAAAAAGAUGAAAUCAAUAGAAGCAAAUGAUAAUUUAAAUGGAGUAAAACAUGAAAGAUCUGAAGAAAACAAUGAGAAAGAAAAAAAUGUGAAAGAAACAUAUAAUCAUAAGAGUACAAGGGAAAAUUGUUUAAUAGGGUGUCUAGGUGAAAAAGGAAUAUUAGGAAGCAUAAGCAUUAAUGUACUACAUAAUAAUUACGAAUUUUAUAAUUUAAAAUUCUUGGGAAAUAUUAUAGAAUCCAAAAAUUAUUGGAACUUAGAAAAAUUGAAAAAUGGAAUGAAAAAUGUGUAUAAGAAUGAUAAUAUAUAUAUUUUUAAAAAUUAUAUAAAUUUUGAUUUAAUACCAAUAAAAUAUAACAAUGUAUUUAAAAUAUUUUAUAUAAAUGAAAAUGAUUAUUCUUUAUAUUUUAAUAUCGAGUUAGAUAAAAAAAUGAAAAACUUCCUUAAAAUUGAGCCUUCAAAUGGUUUAAUACCAGCCAAUAGCUCUUUUAUAUUUUAUUUACAUAUUGACAUAAAGGAAGCUGUUAACUUAGUAAAAAAGGAAAUAUCUUGCAAAUUUUCCUUGACCCCAUUUAAUAUUAAAACAAAAAAACAUUCAAAAAUAAAAGAAGGCGCUGAAACAUUUGAUGAUUCUUUAUAUAUAAGUUUAGUAUCUGAAGAAAUAAAAGUGUCUUAUAACAAAAAAAAAUUAUUUUUUAAAAAUAUAACAUACUUUAAUUAUUCUCAAAAUGAAUUGGUAUUAGAAAAUUUAUCAAAUGUAAAAUUAUUUGCAGAGUUAAAUAUUAUACCUUUAGACGAAUCAGAUGAUAUAACGAAUGUUUAUUCAUUUACUUCUUUUAAAGAAAAAGAUAUUAUUUCGUUAUUAAAGAAGAAAAAGGACAAUGAAUUUUGUUCAUUAAAUGGGAAUAAAGAAAAUGAAACAAAUUAUGUUGAUUCUUUAACUUUAGAUAAUAAGGAAACUAUUAAUAUAAAAAAAGACUUGAAGAUUUUGGAAAAACAAAAAUCUUUAGAUUGUGAUGAAAAUUUUAAUGCUACAAAUUGUAUUGAAAAUGAAAAUGAGAAUAAGCCUAUCCAUGAAUUUUAUUUAACGAGGUAUGAUUUUAAUGCAACUGAUUUGGGGGAUGAUGCAACAAUAGGAAAGAUUAGGGCAAUAGAGCCAAUUAAAAACAAAAAUAAAAUCAUUAAAAAGUUUAUAUCGAUUAACGGAAAGUGUAAAAAAAGUAUAUAUAUUUAUUUCUUUCAUUAUAUUUAUAAGAAAAAAAUUGAUGCUUUCCUUCAUAUAAAAAUAAAAUAUUAUAAUGAAAUAAAAAUACCAAUUAAUGUUUCAUUUGAUAAUUAUGUUGAAAGCGAUGUACUUCUAUUAACUGAUUUUAUAUCUAAUGAAAAUUUGAAUAAAAUGAAUUCAUUUUCCCAUCAAAAAGAACAAAAUAAUAAACUUCUAAUAAUAAAUCGAGGAAUUUUAAAUAAAACUCAUCGUUUUCUAUACGUAUUAAACUUAUCAAAUAAAAGUUAUGAAUACUUUUUUGAAAAGUGUAAUGAAAGAGAUGAACAUGGUGAUAAAAAUGGUGAUGAAUAUUUAUACACAAAGAAAUAUAUGAUUGAUGGAUAUAAGACAAAUAGUAGAAAUAGUAAUAAUAUAGAAUGCUUUAAUUCUAGGGGAAUAAUAAAAGAAGAUAAUGUUUGUCCAAUAAAAUUUUUGUUCAGUAUAUUUAAUUCGAAUAAUUAUAAAGGGGAUUAUAAUUUUUAUCUAAAUGAUAAAAUAAUAAAACAAAUCGGAUUUGAGAUGAAAAUAAUUGAACCAUUGGUAUUCUUUAAUACUUCUUCUAUGCAUAUAAAUAAUUUAAUAGUUGGAAAACUAUAUUGUUUCAUUUUUUAUAUUAUUAACUUCGAUUUAAUGGACAUAAAUUUUGAAUUUGAUAAAAAUUCAUAUAAUUCAUUUAACAACAAAAAGGAAACAAUUAAAAUUAUUCCAUUUAAAGGAGUUAUAAAAUCGUGUUAUAGAAAAAAUAAAUGCCUAUUUAAGCAUAUAAAUAAAUACAACAAUAAUUUGGGUUUUGAUGAAUAUAAUAACAAGGAUGAACUGAAAGAGGACAUUUCGACAUCUUCUUAUAAUUCAAAUGAUAUAUCAAAUAGUUCGCGUGAAAAUAAUUAUAAUGAAAAUUUUUUUUCUUAUUAUAAUGUAAAGAAUAAUGAGAUAGAAACAAAACAAGACAAAAAAAAACUAAAAGUAAAAAUGAAUUAUUUAAGAGGAGAAAAUAGUAACAUCAAUGAUGACAAUAGUGAUACUUAUUCUUCGUUCACAUCAUCAGAAAUGUCAAUAGUAUCUUCUGAUUUUAAUUAUAAUACACUAAAUAAAGAAAAAAAAAGAUACAUUAAUAACAAUGAUGAUGAUAUUGAAAAUAGACUAGUUUUACAUAAACAGGAUAUGCCAGAAAUUUCUAAUAAAUGCGGUUUAGAAAAUAUGGAAUAUAUAGAUAGACAUUCCGAAUAUAAUAGUGAAUCAUCUAUGUAUUUCUCAGAUUAUGAUAUUGAAAAUAGUAUGGAUAAUAAUGACCAGAAUAAAGACGUUAAUUUCCUUGUUGAUUACUAUUUGAAAAAUGUGGAUGAUAGGUAUAGAGAAAAAUUUAAGAAAGAAAUAAAAGAUAAAUAUUUAGGAAAAGGUAAAUAUAAAAAAAUAAAAUUAUUAUUUAAACCACAUUUAGAACAAUUUUAUAAUUUUAAUUUAUUGUGUAAAGUGAAUGCAAAAGAAGAACCAAUAAAAUUGAAUUUUAAAAUGCAAGUUAGCAAGAUAAAUAUUAACUGUUAUAUAAACACUUUUGAUAAUGAACAAAUUCAGCUAAAUUUGGAUGAUCUUAUAUCAAAUGUGGAAAGAAAAAAAACAAAACAAAUGAAAAAUACGACAGAUGAUAAAAUUAUUGUAUACAGCACAUUAGACUUUAAAGAAAUAUUAGUUGGAAAAAAAAGAGUAUCAAAUAUAAUUAUAGAAAAUUUGGGUGAUUUUGAUAUAGUUUAUAAAUAUCAUAUACAAAAAAAAGAUGAUUAUGUUUCUAUAAAUUAUAAUAGUAAUUAUAUUAAAAAAAAUUCAUCGCCUUUUAUUUUAUCUGUUGAAUAUAAACCUAGAUUUGCUGAAACAUAUGAAAAUUAUUUAAUUCUUAAUAUAGGAGAUUAUUAUUUAUUAAAUUUUAAAAUAUGCGCUGUUUCAACCAACUUAUUAAUUAAUUUCUCAUUCCACAAUUAUGAUUUUGGUAAUGUUAUUUUAUUUCCAAAUGUGUGUAAAAAUAAAAAAAAUAUGAAUGGAAUUAUGCCGAAAGAAAAUUUUUGUAAUGAAAAUUAUUCGUCUUCUAAUAGUUCUAUGUCUUACAUAAUAUCUACAUAUAAAAAUAAUAAGAAAAAAUUAAAGAAAGAAAAAGCAAAAGACGCAAACACUCUGAAGGGGAAUGGACAUGAAAGCCACCAAACUAAUAAUGAAUUUAAAAAGGUGAUCCCCAAAAAACAGAAGCCCCCCAAAAAACAUAUAAUAGAUAAAAAAAAAGAAAAAACAGAUAAUAAAUACAUUGAAGAGACAGAUAAAAACGAAUCAAAAGAAUGCGAAGAAACUAAAUCAUUUGAAAAUACAACGAAAUCCCCAAAGAUGGAUAAACAUCACAAAGACGAAAAAAAAACAAAAAAAACAAAAGAUACGCAAAAGGAGCAUAGUAAUAAGAAUGAUACCUUAGAAAAAGCAGAUAGAAUAUGCAAUUUUAACGAUAUAAAAAAAGAAAAAAAAAAUGAGAUAUUUAAUAAUGCAAUGGAAGAUAUUAAAAAUAUAGAUGAUGAAAAUGAAUUUAUAUAUAAUGAUAUAAAUGUAUUAUCCGAGGAAGAAGAAGAUAUAAAUUCGUCAAAGGCAAAAUUAAUUAUUAGCAAUAACAGUGACGAAGAUUGCUAUAUUGAAUACGAAUUGAAUGAAUGUUAUUUAAAAAUACUAAGCGUAAAUAAAAGAAUACAUUUAAAAAAGAAAAGUAAAAUAACAAUUUUGAUUUUAUUCUCACCCAACGAAGAAAAGACAUAUAAUUAUAAAAUUCCAUUUAAAAUAGUUAGUGAUGUAAUAAAAACUAUUUACAUAUCUUUUACAGGGACAGCUAGUAAUUUUAAACUACCAUUUUCAUGUAAUAAUUCAAAUGAAAUAAAUUUUAAAGAUGUUCAAGUGGAUAAAGAAUGUAUUAAUAAAUUUACUCUUUGUAAUAAGAAUUUAGAAGAUAUAUCUUUUAAUAUAUUAAAUUACAAAUAUUUAAAAAGAAAUUAUCUGUCUUUUACUAAUUUUGAUAAUAAUGUUUUCCAUAGUUUAAAAAAGAGAGAAAAAAGAACAUUUGAAAUAAGAUUCUGUCCUGAAAAGUAUAUAAACACGUGUAUACCUUUAUAUUUAAAUAUAAGUUAUAAAGAUAAGACCAUACCUUACAGUUUAACAAACAUUAAAUUAAAUAGUGUGUGUUAUAAAGUGAUUUUAAAGGAAUGCAUGUUAACUUUUAAUAAAAUAGAAGACAAUUUCGACGAUCCAAUAGAAGCAGAUGAAAGCGAUGCUAGAAAUUCAGAUAAAAUAUUUCGAACAGAGGCAAAUGUAGAUAAUAACCAACUUGAUGAAAUUAAGGAAAAAUUAUUUAAAUAUCAUAAAAAUAAAAAUAAUAUAAAAAGUCGAAAAAUUGAAUUACAUAAUAUAGGAGAUAUGAAUGCGCAAUUUUUAGUAAACUGCCCUGAAAAGUACAACAAGUAUUUAUUUCUAUAUCCUAAAAAAGGAAUAAUUUUUUCUUUCAACUUAAUAAGAAUAUACAUGUUUAUAGACAUGGAUUUAGUAGAUAAAGAUUUAUAUAUUAAUGAAAUAUUUAUUGAGUUAUUCCCUAAAUUUAAUGAAAUUAAUAGUAAAUUAUUUUUAAAUGUAUUUAUUAAUUCAUAUUCUAAUAUGAUACAAAAUAAGAGUAUGUAUAUGAAUAGGUUAACAACAAAAGCAGAAUUAACUAAUAUCCCAAAUGAUAAGAAAACCAAAAAUUUAGACAUAUUUAAAAUUAAAGAAACAAGAACAAAUGAAAAUGUUGAUGAUUAUAAGGAUAAUGUAGAAGAUUGUAAUAUAGAAAAAAAUAUUAAUAUGUUUUCACUAAAAAAUGAAACUAUUAUUACAUUUUUAACAGAUAUAAGAAGAAAAAUAUGUAAAACAAUAGAUAUAUAUAAUGAAACUGAAUCUAACUUUAAAAUUAGAUAUAAUUUUGUAUCGAAUGAACAUAAUUUCUUUUCUGUAAUUCCAUUGAAAGACUCAAUAAAAGCUAAUGAUAGUGGAUCACUUCAAAUAAUGUACCAUCCAUUAUUUGUUCAAAAAAAAAACAAACAUACUAAUAAUUAUCAUAAUACUUUAUGUGUAAAAUAUUUAAAAUAUUCAAAAAAAAUACAUCAUAUAUCCAAAUUGAUCAUUUAUUAUCCUAAAGAUGUUAUAAGAAAUUAUACUUUAUUGGGGUAUUCAGAUAAUACCUCUUAUGACGAAAAAGUUACUUAUAAAUUAAAUUCUAAAACUUUAAAUAAUGCAUCUAUAAAAAUAAAAAAUUGGAUAAAUGAAAACCAAAAAUUGAUAAUUUCUUAUCAUGGAUGUGAUCAAAACUUGAGUCCAGCAAAUAACGACAUGUUAUUUUUCUAUAUACAAAAUACACUUUAUUUAAACACCAACGAAGAAAAAAUCUUACCAUUUAAAUUGAUCUCAUUAAAAGAAGGCAUGUAUUAUAUAAUGCUUGUUUUUUCAAAUGAUAAAUAUGAAGAUGUGUAUAAAAUAUUAUUACAUUUUGAAAUAGUAAAAUCGGAUUAUAUUUCUACAAAAAUAAUAAAUUCGAAUAAAAAGGAAAUAUUAAAAGAAACAGUUUUUAUUUAUAACCCUUUAGACGAAAAUAUAAAAGUAGAUGCACUGAUUGAUUAUAAGUAUGUUUUUUUUGAUAAAUCUAUAAUUCUUGAAAAAAAAAAAAACAACAGUAUAAAUUUAUACUUUUGUAUAGUUAAAAAUGAAUCGUCUAGAAAUGUAAUAAUUUCUUUUAAUAAUAAAUUAAUUGGGAAAUAUAAUUUUAAGUUUAUUUUAAACAUAAAUAUAAAUGAUUUUGAGGAAACAUUUUAUUUUAACACUGAUCUGGGUUCUACUCAAAUAAAUGAAAUAUCAUUUAAAAAUGUGUGCAACCGAAAAAUUAAUUAUGAUGUAAUUAUAGAAGAUUAUGAUGAAAAAAAUAAAAGUUCGAAAGAUAUAUUUCAAUGCACAGAAAAAACAAUAAGCAUGAAAUCUAUUGACACUGAUACAUUUUUAAAAAAUCCGGAUUCUAACGUUUUAUUUGAUAAAAUUAAUUUAAACAUUAUAUAUAACCCCCCUGAUAUUAAAACAAACAAAUCUAUUUUGAAGCUCAUAUCUAAAGAAGGAAUCGUUUACAAGAGUUUAUUAAUAGGAAAAACUGGAUUUCCAAAACCCCGAGGACCAAUCUUUUGCUCAUCACAAAAAACAACUUUCAUUUCUUUUACAAAUCCAUUUUUUCAAAUGAAAGAAUUCUUUUUAAAGGCGGAUGAGCAAUUUAUAGUUUCUUUUGAGAAAAUAAAAAUAGAGGGACGAAAAACAGUGCAAAUACCAAUAAAAUGCACUGCAACAAAUGCUAUAUCUGGAAAACUUGUGAUUAAAUCAGAGGAUGAAGUUGCAUGGAUGUAUUAUUUAACUGGACAAUAA